ACAUUAUUUAAGGCGAUCUUGAAAUAAGAAUCGACUAUGAAUACCGGUCUCAGACUUCAAAUCUGAUCUCCUUAUUGUUCCGUAGACGCUGAUUAGAUCAAUCAGAUGAUCUCUCAUUUAGCUUUGCCUUUUGAUGAUGAAUUGUUGCACAAAAGUGUGCAAGCAAGUAUUUUUACGCAUACAACCAGCGAAACGUUACAUCAACACAAUGAUACAUCCACUAAUUGCAGUAUGCCAAAUGCGAUCAAUAGCUGACAAAGUGAAAAAUCUACAGAUUGUGAAUGAAUUAGCAACUGAGGCCAAACGCAGAUCAGCCACAAUAGCAUUUUUUCCUGAAGCUUGCGAUUUUUUGGCAGAUAAUAAAAAGGAUAUCGUCACCAUGGCUGAACCUUUGACUGGACUGACAGUGACAUCUUAUAAAGAGAUUGCUAUUAAGAAUAAUAUCUGGUUAUCCUUAGGUGGAAUUCAUGAAGCUUCAGACAAUGUGGAAAAGAUUUACAAUACACAUAUAUUGAUAAAUAAUGAAGGAGAUUUGGUUGCUGUGUAUAGAAAGUUACACUUGUUCGACAUAGAUAAUAAGGAUACCGGAGUACGUCUGAUGGAAUCGGAUUAUGUGCUUAAAGGAAUUGAAAUUGUGCCACCUGUGCCUACACCAAUCGGCAAGCUCGCACUUAGUAUUUGUUACGACAUGCGGUUUCCCGAGUUAUCGAUAACAUUGCGGAAUAUGGGAGCGCAAAUUCUCACAUAUCCAUCAGCAUUCACAUAUGAAACUGGCGCUGCACACUGGGAGGUGAUGCUGCGAGCACGAGCCAUAGAAAAUCAGUGUUAUGUCAUAGCUGCAGCGCAAACUGGCACGCACAACAAAAAAAGAACGAGCUGGGGUCAUGCCAUGAUUGUGGAUCCUUGGGGUACUGUUAUAGCGCAAUGUACGGAUAAAAUGGGUAUAGCUAUGGCAGAAAUUGAUCUUGCACUACUGGAAAAAAUUAGGAAAAAUAUGCCGUGCGAACAACACCGCCGUAAUGAUUUAUACUCAAGAAUGGAAUGUCGAAAGUCCACUUAACACGGUUAAAGGUUAAUUAGUAAAUAAUUAUCAUAAUUAUUGUAAUUAAAAUUCUUGUUCACUCCGCACUACUAUUUUCAAGGGAGUGGUUCACUUGCAUAUUAGACUUGUUCGCGUUACUUACACUUUGUGCAUUCAGCAUCUUCGUUUUUUUUCUUUUCAAUGCCUAAUUAUAUAAUCUAACUUAUUUUAAGUGCAAUUUGGGGAUUUCAAGUAACGUGAACAGAUUUACUGUUGCAAUUGCCCACUGUCAAUCACAGCGACUUCUCUGUAGGGGGUUUUAUUUAUUUUUUCUAGCGCUGUGAUUGGCUUGUGCGCAAUUGGCUCGUGUGCAAUUAAUAUACCUAUUUCAGAUUAUGGUAUCAGAAGCGAGAAAAUAUACAAUAAAAUUCUAGCUGAGGUAAUAUUUUUUAUAAUAAGUUUUUUUAUAGGUUUAAGAUAUGUGUCAGUAGCAUCAAAUUGAUGAUCAAAGGACCUAGCCGAAUAAGCAUAUGAAAAAUGCCCUUAAACCAAUCCAAUUUUGAGUAUGUCACAUUGUUAAGCUCGGUAAAUGAUUAUUUUACAUCAAAU